GACCGCAUUGCGUUUUCAUUUCCGUUUCCGGCCGCAAACGUUACUUCUUCGCCGUUGAAUGUGCGACAUCUGUGACUGUGAUUGUGACUGUUUAGUAACUGCUUUCGCGUGUGUUCGCAAAAGAGCGAUUGGCAACAAGAUAAUAAAUAAAUACUAAAUAACAAUAGAGGCAAAAUCGAUUAGCGCGAUUAACAGACAUGUUGAUUGAGCCGACUUUAAACCGUGACCUUGGCUCGCUUACUGUCGCUAACUCUGGCCUCUCGGCCGCGCACUGGAAAAUGGAGCCCCAUCCGCAGCAACGCAUCACCUCGCUGGCCCCCCAUCCCGCCUCCAGCGUAGCGGCGGCAUCCGUGGCAGCAGCAGCAGCCGCAGCAGUGGCAGCGGCGGCGGGAGCGGGAUCGGUAUCGGUAUCCGGACCGGGAUCGGGGGCCUCCACAUCGCCCACAUCUGUGCAAAUACCGCCCGGCUUUGGCGGCACCGCCGGUGCACCGCCAGCUGGAUCGACGGGGAGCAGCACCCUCAACACUCUGAUGUCGCAACACCGCCUCCUGGAGUUCUCCCGCUUUGGGGGUCUGCGGGGAUACGACAUUGCCCAGCACAUGCUCACACAGCAGGGCGCUGUCUCCAAGUUGCUAGGCUCACUGCGACCACCGGGCUUAAUUGGUGGCUCAAAGCCCAAGGUGGCCACGCCGACGGUCGUCUCCAAGAUCGAGCAGUACAAGCGCGAGAAUCCGACGAUCUUUGCCUGGGAGAUACGCGAGCGCCUGAUCUCUGAGGGUGUCUGCACCAAUGCCACCGCUCCAUCGGUGAGCAGCAUCAAUCGCAUCCUGCGCAACCGCGCCGCCGAGCGGGUGGCCAGUGAGUUUGCCCGCACCGCCGCCUACGGGCUUUAUCCGCCGCCCCCGCAUCCUUAUGGCAGCUUCACCUGGCAUCCGGCUGGCCAAGUGCCCGGUGGCCAGGCGGUUCCACCUCCGCCACCCCCAUCCGCUUUGUGGUCUGUGGCCGCUCCAACGUUGGCAAAUCUGCCGCCCAGUGCGGCAAGUGCGGUGCCAUCGCCUGGCUGUGGUUCCCUCAGCUCCGCUCAUCUCAUGGCAGGUGGUGCUGGUGGCGGUGGUGGUUUAGGGGGAUUGCCCUCGAACAGGGCCAUCUCACCCGGCUCCGGGAGCCACGACACUUUGGAAUCGGCGGAUGAGAACAGGCACAUUGAUUCGGAUUAUCUGGACGAUGAUGAUGAGCCCAAGUUUCGGCGCAAUAGGACCACCUUUAGUCCAGAGCAGCUAGAGGAGCUGGAGAAGGAGUUUGACAAGUCACACUAUCCGUGUGUGAGCACCAGGGAAAGGCUCUCAAGCCGCACCAGCUUAAGCGAGGCCAGAGUUCAGGUUUGGUUCUCGAAUCGACGGGCAAAGUGGCGUCGUCAUCAGCGAAUGAAUCUCCUGAAGCGCCAGCGUUCCAGUCCCGCGAAUCCCCUGCACUCGCAGCAGUCCAAUGAUGCUCCAGCAAGUUCGCCCACACCUAGCAAUCAUAGCAGUGCCUCCACUUCGGCUGCAGUGGCUCCUGCUCCGCCUCCCCAGCAACCGUUGCAGCUCUGCCCCUCGGAUCACUCACCGCAGGCUCCACCGCCAUCGGUUAUGUUGCAUCCGUUGCAUCCAGGACCUCCCGGUGGCGGUCACCAUCACCAUCAUCCCCUGCAUCUGCCCACGCAUCCGGCGGCCCUGCAGCUACUGAGUCACUAUCACCAGCAGCAGCAACAUCAGCAACAGCAGCAGCAGCAGCAACAGCAGCAACUUUCGCCCACGGGCUGCAAUCCUGGGGCAAGCCACCUGACAAUGGGCGGGGAAAGGAGUGCCUUCCGCAGCCUGGUCAGCUCACCCUCGGCAGCUGCCUUCCUUGGACUGGCCAGACAGUAUGCCGUGGCCGCCUCUUUGACGGUGGCCGAGGAGCAACGUUCCCGAUUGCAUUAUUCCGCCGGUGUGGGACUAAGUGGAGCUGGUGCUGGUGCUGGAGCUGAGGGAGCAGGAUCGGGCAGCGGAUUGGGCGGCAGUGGCUCAACCAUGACGGUGGACAACUCAUCGUCCGACUCGGAUGAGGAGAUCAACGUGCACGACGAUUCGGACGCUGAAAUCGAAUCGCCGGCGGCAACGGCGGCAAAGGUGGCCCGCCUGUCAUCCUCCGAUGCGCCGACAACGCUGCAGUUCCUAAAGCAUGACCGCUAG